GAAACAUUUUCCCUGAAAGUCAGUGGCUACACCCUUGGAAUUUCAAUAUUCGACAGUAGUCGGAAGCUACAUUUACCCCAACACUGCGCCGACAUUUUAAUUCGCCUCAAAUCUUCCUUCCGCCAUCACUAGUUUCUCUCUCUCACUGCGUCUGCUGAAUGUGCUGGACUGCAAAAGGCUGCUGCCACACAUCUCGCUGUGCCAUUCCUCAGCAUUCAGUGCCAGGUAAGAAGAAAUUAACACAAUUCAACACUUUAAUACCAGAUAAUGGAAGCGGGCAUCACAGAGGUGUGUUUCAUGUUCAUUGUUGUGCAGUUGGCACUGUAAGAUUGUAGACACAAAAAAAAAAGCAUGCCAGCGUGCCAAAAGGUACAGAUGCUGCAUAGCCUGUGUUGGCGCUUCUAGGCAGUCCAAAGCUUUUUGCUCUGGGUAGGAAAGUGGCAGGGUUCCAAACCAUCACAGGUUUUAGUUUUUUUUUUUUUUAGUUUUUUUUUUUUUUUCAGCAGUCUGUGUACAAACUAAAUAACAUCUUGUCAUCGGAUAUGCUCUGGUGUUCUGGGAACAACUGUCCAUAAAGGAUUUGGAAACCCUACCAUCAACAUUCAAAGGUUUUUGUUUUUGUUUUUUAUUUUUUUUAUUUUGCGAAAGUGCUCUGUUGAAUCAAGCAUGGCAUCAUGCAAAGUUGCAGUUGGUGUCUGGGUGACGUCAGUGGCAGUCUAGAGCGUGAUGAAUACGUUUUGCAGUGUGCAGUUGCAGAGCAUUUACUGCAGAGCCUGUGACCUGUUUUUUUCCCCUCCCUGUGCAGCAGCAAGGGUUUUUUUUCCUUCACAUAAAUCCCAAUUCAUAUUACAGUCCUGCUACCAGUGCCAAGCUGCAGCAACCAAAACUGUUAGUCCUCAGUAUUCAUUUCCCAUUUCUUUUGUUGCCUUCCUUUUCUUCAUCCUGCGUGGAAAUUUCUCAAAGAAGUCGAUCAAUGCCUGCUCGUUUGAGAGAGUUUGUGUUCUGAAUAAAACUCAAGUGACAAGAAAGUUAAAGGGAGCCCUACACCACGAAGUGCCAGUUCUGAGUAAUGGAAAGGACUCUAAACUAUGUGAGAGAAAAUGUGAACGAGAGUACGGAUGCUGCAAGAAAACAGGUAGGGGAAGGCAUCUUCUCCUAUAAGUACCACCGAGAUAUCCAUUUCCCUGCUGUCCAAGAAGAAAUCAAACAAGAAUUGGAAGCUAAAGCCACCAAAGAAGCUGAAGAGAAGAAUAACAGGGAUAUAGGGCAAGAAAAGGAAGAACAGUUGAUGGAAGAAAGGAAAAAGAGAAAAGACGACAAGAAAAAAAAGGAAGCUGCUUUGAAGAAGGCCACUGAACAAAAAAACAAAGUGCCAGAAUCAAUAAAGUCCAGUUCAAGCCAGCCUCAGCCUGCCAACCCUAACAACGGCACUUCAGCUGUAACCAGCAACAUCAGCAAUGCCAAGCGGGCCGCAGCCGCCAGCAGUCAGCAGCAAGCCUCGCCUCGAUACCCGCCCCGCGAAGUUCCGCCACGUUUCCGACACCACGAGCAGAAACAGCUGCUGAAACGGGGUCAGCAAUUGCCUGUCCUCGCUGCAAACCUGGGAACGAGAGCCCAAACGCUGAACAGCAGGAGCACUGUGACCACACCGCCAGCCAGCGACGGACCGCUGCAGAACGGCAACAAAGACAGCCACACAGGCAUGCCCCCCAUACGGGAUUUGGUCAGCCACUCUCCUAACCAGUCAGAUUUGAAUCACGGUGGAUCACAUUAUGAAAAUUCCCACUGGGGACCUGGCUCUUCUGGCAGCGAUUCUAUCACCAACUGGGACAAAGUUGUUGUAGACGGGUGUGAUAAGGAAGCCUGGCCUUCAAUUACUGACUGUGACCCAGAGUUGGCUUCAGAAUGUAUGGACACUGACUCUGCCUCAAACUCUGGGUCUGAGAAAAACCUUAGUAUAAUGGCGUCUGGGAACGCUGUUGGUGACCAUGAUGGCAAUAGAAAUGGCAACGGACGCAGUUCUCAGAAUCAUUUUAUGGUUGAAAAUGGCAGCAAUAAUGUCGGCAGUGGAAGUAUUAAUGGGCCAUGGGGUUUAUCUCAUGGCUCGAUGUUAAGCACAUGUCAAGGUUCUGUGGAAGGUCCCAACGGCAAGUUAACUGAAAGUCAUGGUAAAAUAAAUGCAUGGGGUAACUUAGGUUCCUCAAACAAAGGAGGUGUAAAUCCAAGCACUUUGAACCCAAAUGCCAACCAUGGUGCCUGGCCUGUUUUGGAAAACAAUGGGCAUAAUCCACAAGGACCUGUGGGAAGUGGGAAUAAUGGCACCAAUAUUCAACGUAGCACCAUAGGUCAAAUGCCCAACAAUCAGAGUAUUAACUCUAACAUGGGUGGUACCAUCCAUGGAUCCUGGGGAAGCCUUCAGGAGAAUGCUGAAUCUGAAGUCAAUGGUACAAAGAAGGUUUCUUUAAGCGGGCAACCUCAAAACCUUAACACUGAAACGAAUGGACCAAAUAACACUACUAACAUGAUGACCUCUAGUUUACCAAACUCUACUGGUUCAAUGCAGAUGAAUGAACUGCCUAACAUUACAGGGCCCCGGGCCUGGCGUAUGAGCACAGUAAACCCUUCUCAACUUCAGGCCUCAUCAGUUUCUAAUGGCACUUCCAUUUCUCAGUAUAGCAAUGAUGAGGGAAUUAAAGGCGGGUCUUAUGGUACGACAUGGGGUGCGCCAGGCAUGAACUACUCUGGAGACAAAUGUCCAGUCCCUAAAGGCCAGUCAAUUGGUGACACUGUGAAUGCAACUCUAGUGCAGUCUGCAAUGAAUGGAUCAGCAGCAGGCGCUGCUUUUAAGAAUAGUAAUGGGGUUGGCGGUCGAGGGGGAGCGUGGGAAUCGGGUGCUGUCAACUCCCACAAUGUGGCAUGGGGAACGGGGAACAGUGUGGGCUCAGGAGGGAUUCAGAGAGCCUGGGGAAGUGCUUCUUCAAACACUGGCACUAACUUAUCCAAUGGGGAAUGGAACAACCUGCCGACUAGUCAGCAUUCCAGUGAUGGCAUGAAUGGGAACGGCAGUCGGAAGGGAACAAACGGAUGGAAGUCCCUUGAGGACGAUGCUCUUUGUAGUCAGAAUUCUGUGAUUUCCCAAGUGAAUGAUCAGAACAGUGUAUGGGGCAAAUCUACAGCUACUAAUGUGGAAAGUGAGGGUAGCACAGAAAGCACUGGAAGUCAAAAUGAGAAAAUAAAAGGGGAUGGACACAGGGGUCGUGACAGGAGAAAAGCUGACCCACAAGGGAUAAUCCAGAAUACUUCAAACAGACCGGACUUGGACCCCUGUGUCCUUUCCAACACUGGAUGGGGUCAGACUGCGAUCAGACAACACAUUGCCUGGGAUAUAGAAGCUUCAAUGCAAAUUGAGAAAAAGACUGACAUUGGAACAGAGGCCUGGGGAGGCUCAGUUUCCCAGACUUGCAACUCAGGGGGGUGGGGGGAUGGACCUAGCCCAAACGGCAAUGAUACCUCAUCAGUAUCUGGGUGGGCCAAUCAGAAGCCUGCCACAGGGUGGGGAGACACCAAAGGCUCCAACAGCCAAGGGGGGUGGGAUGAGAAUUCUGCUUCUACCGGAGUGGUCAAGAGCAAUCAAUCUUGGGGAAAUAGCAAAGAAGAUCAGUCUUCUGCAUGGAAUGAUGCACAUAAGGUCAAACAGGGAUGGGUGGAAGGACAGAAAUCAAAGCAAGGCUGGGGAACUUCAUCUCGGGGUGAGGAGUGGGGGGAAGCUCCAAAAGCUAACCAGUGGGGUGAGCCUCAGAAAUCUGGUUCUGGUGGCUGGGAUAGCGACAGUGAUAGAUCAGUUUCUGGCUGGAGUGAACCAGGUAGAUCUGGUUCUGGUACUAAUACAUGGGGCGGGGGAGGAGGAGGUAGCAGUAACAAUCCAAACCCAAGCAGUGCUUCAGGCUGGGUUGAGCAGUCAAAGUCUAAUAACCAGCCCCAAGGUUGGGGAGAACCAUCAAAGGCUAAUAACCACUCUCAAGGUUGGGGAGAACCGUCAAAGACAAAUAACCCACCCCAAGGUUGGGGAGAGCAGUCAAAGACGAACCAGUCUCCAGGUUGGGGAGAGCAGUCAAAGACUAAUAGCCAGUCUCCAGGUUGGGGAGAGCAGUCAAAGACUAAUAGCCAGUCUCAAGGUUGGGGAGGACAGUCAAAGACUAAUAACCAGCCCCAAGGUUGGGGAGAGCAGUCAAAGACUAAUAACCAGUCUCAAGGUUGGGGUGAACCUUCAAAGCCAAGUAAUUCUCCUGAUUGGAACAAACCACAGGAUGUCAGUGGUGGAUCAUUGUCUUGGGGAGGAGCUCCGUCUUCAUCUUCAUCUGCCACCAAUAAACCUGCGGGCUGGAUAAAUGGGCCAGUGCCAGUCGCACCAAAGGAGGAAGAGCCGACAGGCUGGGAGGAACCGUCGCCAGAGACUAUUCGGCGCAAAAUGGAAAUUGACGACGGAACCUCUGCUUGGGGAGAUCCAAACAAAUACAAAUACAAAAAUGUAAACAUGUGGAAUAAAAACGUUACGAACAGUAGCAGUGGAUCUGAACAGGAAGCACAAGUACAACAACAACAGUACCCGUCGCAACCACCGCCAAGUGCCAUGACGAACAAAGAAAACAGUGGUGGCCCUGGAUGGGGAGAGCCUUAUGGUGUUCAGCCGAAGUCUGAAUCAUCUUGGGGAGAGCCGUCUGUUCCACCUACCACUGUAGACAAUGGAACGUCUGCAUGGGGCAAACCCAUGGGCACUGGUAACAGCUGGGGAGAGCCUGGUAAUGAGAACGCUGGCUGGAGUAACACUCCAGUCGGGCAACAGCCUCAAAAUAAUCCCGGACCCAAACCUAUGCAAGAUGGCUGGUGUGGUGAUGAAAUGUCAAUGCCAGGGACUCGUCACCCCAGCUGGGAGGAGGAGGAGGACGUGGAGAUUGGAAUGUGGAACAGCAACCCUUCACAAGAGGUGAACCAGCCUUCAAACUGGCCACCUUACAUGAAGAAAAUGCCUCCUAAGGGUAUAAUAAAAGGAGGAAACAAACAGGAUGAUACAUGGAUGAAUCAAUUUGUAAAGCAGUUUUCUAAUGUUGGUUUCUCUAGGGAUUCUUCUGAAGAAGCCCUAAAGAGCAAUAAGAUGGAGGUGUCGGGAGGAAUGCUGCAAGACAAGAGAAUGGACAUGGAUAAGCAUGGCCUAAAUGCCGGAGAAUAUAUUAUAGGAAAGGGCUCUGGCUCCCGCACACAGAUCUCCAAAGAGUCUUCCGUGGAACGCAGCCCUUACUAUGAUAAGCUGUCUUUGGCCAUGUCUGGGCAUGAUGACAUUGUAGCAGAAGAUCCCCAAAAUGUACAUUUUGUAUCUAAUCACAAUAUGAAGCUUCCCCCUUCAAACAAUGCACUACCUAAUCAAACCCUUGGCUCUGUGGCAGGGCUGGGCAUCCAAAACUUGAAUUCUGUUAGACAGAAUGGCAAUCCCAAUAUGUUCAGUGGCAGUAAUGCAGCAGCACAAGCCAGGGGCAUGCAGCAACCUCUUAACUCAUCUCAGCCUAAUCUCCGUGCUCAAGUGCCUCCUCCAUUGCUCUCCCCUCAGGUUCCAGCAUCAUUAUUGAAGUAUCCACCAAACAACGGGGGCCUGAGUCCACUCUUUGGCCCUCAGCAGGUAGCCAUGCUGAACCAGCUUUCCCAGCUGUCGCAACUCUCACAGAUCUCUCAGCUGCAGCGACUCCUGAUGCAACAACAGAAAGUUCAGAAUCAGAGAAGCAUGCCAUCUGGUGGGCGUUUGCAGCAAGACCAGCAAGGUCGGCCACUUGGCAUUCCCCAGCAGAUGAUGCAGCCUCCACGCCAGCUGGACCCCAACCUGAUGAAACAGCAGGCUCACCCCCAGCAGCAACAACUCCAUCAGCCUGCCAUGAAGUCCUUCCUGGAAAACUUCAUGCCCCACCAUGAGCUGCAAAAAGAGCCGCCAGCACUCAAUUCAUUCAAUAGCUUCCCUAUAGGUGGGUUUCCCCAGCCUAACUUAGGGCAGUCUGAUGCUAUUUUGCACCAAGCUGUGAAGCACCCCAUGAUGUCUGGCCCUGAUCUUGCGCCAGGCUGUUACGCUCCUGGCACACAUCACAAUCAUAGCCAUCUUAGUCCACCACUAACUAAUGGCCAUCCAGGGCCAGUCUCGCCCAUCCAUCAACUGGCAGGGAGGAAGUAUGCAAGCCAAGAAAAUACUGUAUCAGCAAGAGGCUUGAAUUCAAAUUUGAAUGUAAACAACCUUGAUAUUGGCAGUAUUAAUUAUAAAGAGCCCCAGUCUCGACUGAAGAAAUGGACUUUGGAUAACAUUUCUGUGAAUGCAUCAUUAGAUCAAAACUCCAGCAAACCUGGUGCUAUUUCAACCGGGCUUCGGCUUGAAGAGUCUCACUUUGGUCCGUAUGACUUCAUGAACAACUCUCCUGCCAGCCCUCCUGGAUCUGUUGGGGAUGGAUGGCCCAGUCGUGCCAAAUCGCCUAACGGCUCUAGCAAUGUCAAUUGGCCACCAGAAUUUCGCCCUGGUGAGCCAUGGAAAGGAUAUCCAAACAUUGACCCUGAAACUGACCCUUACGUCACCCCUGGCAGUGUGAUAAAUAAUCUCUCUAUUAAUACUGUUCGGGACAUUGAUCACCUCAGGGACAGGAAUAAUGGGUCAACCUCAUCUCUGAACACCACGCUGCCUUCAACUAGUGCCUGGUCAUCCAUUCGUGCCUCCAACUACAGUGGUUCCCUCAGCAGUACAGCACAAAGCACUUCGGCCAGAAACAGUGAUUCCAAAUCCACUUGGCCACCUGGUCCAAUCACAAACACUUCUCUGGCUCAUGAGCUGUGGAAGGUUCCUUUGCCAUCUAAAAACAUCACUGCUCCGUCCCGCCCACCGCCUGGGCUCACAGGUCAAAAGCCUCCUUCCUCCUGGGAAAACAACUCGCUCCGUCUGGGUGGAGGAUGGGGGAAUUCUGACUCGAGAUACACUCCUGGUUCCAGUUGGAGUGAUAACAGCUCAGGGAGAACAACCAAUUGGCUUGUUCUCAAAAAUCUUACACCUCAAAUUGAUGGCUCCACCCUGCGAACACUGUGCAUGCAGCACGGUCCACUGAUAACAUUCCACCUUAAUCUGCCCCACGGCAAUGCUUUAGUCCGAUACAGUUCGAAGGAGGAGGCAGCCAAGGCACAAAAAUCUCUGCACAUGUGUGUUUUAGGGAACACUACUAUCCUUGCUGAAUUUGCCAGUGAAGAGGAGAUCAGUCGUUUCUUUGCACAAGGCCAGUCUAUGUCUCCCUCCCCUGGCUGGCAGGCUCUGGGAUCCAGUCACAACCGAAUGGGCUCUAUUGAUGGUUCCCACUCAUUCUCUAACCGCAAUGAUCUGAAUCACUGGAAUGGUGCUGGGCUGUCAGGAACUGGCAGUGGAGACUUCCAUGGCACUUCGCUCUGGGGAGCCCCAAAAUAUUCCACUAGCCUAUGGGGAGCCCCAGGCAGCAACGACACCCGGGGAAUCAACAGCCCGUCGCCCAUCAAUGCUUUCCUCCCUGUUGACCACCUAGCUGGAGGUGGAGAGUCCAUGUAAAACCUUUCACCUUUUGAUGUGUGUGACCUCAAGAAGUAAUAAGUUAGUGGGCGGGGGUGGGGGAGUACUAGUUUGGACUUUUAACCUACAAAUUGGGGUCACCUGUGGAAACAAGUUACUUUUCUGCACAUUUUUCCACUUUUGUUUUAGCCCAAAACAUAUCAGUUUGAAUACUUGAACCAUGCAGGCCAAUAUUAUAAUGUGAAACAAAGUAUAUAUUUACACUUCCAGAUAGUGCUAUUCAUAUGAAAAAAAAACUGCUUAGAAUGAGCUCAUUUAUGUAUGUUCAUCAUGUUUUAUUUGAAUUUUUUUUUUUCAUUUGUUUGCUGAUAAUGUUGGAGUAUGAGCUUUUUUAACUUUGCACUGAAUGCUGUUUCUCUGUAUAAUCCGCAGUAUCAGAGAAGGUGGCAGUUCAAGUGUAAAUGUUUACUCAAGGAUGUUCUUAAGUGUGUGCUCUACUAUGCCUUGAUGUAUGCCUACAUUAUUUUGGUAUUGUGGAGUUUAAGAUCAAGUUAUAAAUGCUGAUUUUUAGGAUUAUUUGAUUUAAGAAAAAGAAGAAAAAGAAAAAUAGUAUUGCACCAAUUUUUGUGUUUUAAAACUAAAGAAUUUAGCUCUGCAGUGUAAAAAACUGUGGCCACAGCUGUGACUUGCAACCUACCCUGCAAGCCAGGAGGGUACAGCACUUUCAAUAGGCUUUCAAUUUUGUUUUGGAGGUGCCCAGGUUGUGCCCUCUUGUUUACAGACUUUUUUGAGAAAAUGUUUACUCUUCCAUCAUU